AUGUCGGCAACCAGAAUCGAAACCUACGAAGACUUCGUGAAAGUCCACGCUCUGCUCCUAACAGCCUCGGGAUUGCCCCAGUCCCUGCACCGCCGCCUCUUCCAGAAGCUUCUCUCCGACAGCUUCGACGGCGGGUCCCACUUCCAAAUCGAGCCCACCGAGGACGGCCGUCAGCGGCGCCUCGUCCUCACCUCCGACCACAUGCCAGCAAACUCCGACGUCUUCCUCGUCGACCACGCCUGGACCUUCCGCCUCUCCGAAGCUCCCAAACAGUUGAGGGAAGUUCCGGGAUUGGCUGAGAGAAUGGCGAGCAUAAUGUGUGUGGAUACUGAUUUGAAUUCAGAAGAGAGCCAAGUUCUAAGUGGGGAUGAUGCAAAACGCAGCGUUUUGGAGGUACUGGAAAGUGAGAUUAGUGAAGCUAAUGGGGAUGUUAAGUGGUUGGAGCUUGAGGAACUUGGCAUUGACAAUGAAACGUUGUCGUCUUUGGACUUGUCUGCUAAGUGCCCUGGUUUGAUUGCAUUGUCUUUGUGUGGGAAUAAAAUUGACAAUCUGGAGGUUGUUGUUGAGGAAGUUAGCAAAUUGAAAAAUUUAAGAGCGCUAUGGCUGAACAACAACCCGGUUGUAGAAAAUCGUGGCAAUGAAUUGGGGGAUAGGAUUCUUCGAGAAUUGCCGAAUCUUGAAAUCUUUAACUCAAAGUUUACAGCCAAUUUUGGCGAGUGGGCAUUGGGGUUUUGUGGAGGAGUGUUUGACAAGGAAAACCCGGGCAGUUUUGAUCUGCCUGACCGUCCGUUGCAGCAAGUCACGGAUCUUGAUCUUUCAGAUAGAUGUAUUCAGAAUUUAAUCAAUAAGGCAUUUACGCCUUUUCAAUUGCCAUGUCUUUCAUACUUGAAUCUUCGAGGAAAUCCAUUAGAUGAGACCUCACUGUCCGAUUUGUUAUAUGUACUACGGAACUUUCCUUCAUUACAAUCUCUGGAGGUGGAUAUUCCUGGCCCUCUUGGAGAAAGUGCUCCAGAAAUUCUUGAAUCUCUUCCUAAUCUUUCUUUACUGAAUGGUGUCAAUGCAUCAAUGAUAUUUGAAAAUGAAAAGCAAGUGGUUGACUCAGCGCUUCAGCCACGUCUUCCUGAGUGGACUACUGAUGAGCCUCUUGCUGAUCGUGUUAUAAACGCAAUGUGGCAAUAUUUAAUGACAUAUAGACUGGCGGAUGAAGAGAAGAUAGACGAGACCUCUGUGUUGUAUGUGAUGGAUGAGCUAGGUUCAGCAUUGAGGCACAGUGAUGAGCCAAAUUUCAGAGUAUCUCCGUUUCUCUUUAUGCCGGAGGGGACAUUAGCAUCAGCUGUGAGUUUCUGCAUAUUAUGGCCAAUGAAGAAUGUUGAAAAAGGUUAUGAAUGCACUCGUGAUUACCUUUUUGGUAUUGGGGAGGACAAGCAACGUUCCGCCAGACUUACAGCUUGGUUCCAUACACCAGAGAAGUAUUUUAUUCGAGAGUAUGAGAAGCACUGGCAGAACUUGCGAGCAGAAAGCUUAAGACCUCCUCCGAUGGAGACAUGUCCAACUAAAAGUUUAAAACAUACAGAAAAGCGUCCAUUACGUGUGUACUCCGAUAUACCUCAAGUUGAAGAACUUUUGACGCGUCCAGAUUUUGUAUUCACAUCUGAACCAAAGGAUGCAGAAAUCAUAUGGACAGGUGAUCAAGUGGAUGAGGAUAUGAAGAAAGCUGCGGGAAUAACAGAAAGUCAGUUUGUAAACCAGUUUCCUUUUGAGGCUUGUAUCGUCAUGAAACAUCAUUUAGCAGAUACUGUUCAGAAGGCACUUGGAUCUCCUGAGUGGAUGCAGCCAACCUAUAAUCUUGAAACACAUCUAUCCCAACUUAUUGGUGACUAUUGUGUACGUAAAAGAGACGGGCGUAACAAUCUGUGGAUCUUAAAACCUUGGAACAUGGCACGAACUAUAGAUACAACUGUCACUGAUAAUUUAUCUGCUAUUAUUCGGCUCAUGGAGACUGGACCAAAGAUAUGUCAGAAGUAUAUUGAGCACCCAGCCUUGUUCAAAGGGAGGAAAUUCGAUAUCCGCUACAUAGUUUUACUACGGAGUUUGAGCCCUAUGGAAGUAUUUCUUUCAGACACUUUCUGGGUGAGACUGGCUAACAACCAAUAUUCCUUAGACAAGCACAGUUUUUUUGAGUAUGAGACUCACUUUACUGUUAUGAACUAUCGUGGGAUGCUGAAUCACAUGAACACGUCUGAAUUUGUAAGGGAGUUUGAACAGGAGCACCAAGUUAAAUGGUCGGAUAUCCACUCUAGAGUCAAAAAAAUGAUCAGAUCGGUCUUUGAGGCAGCUGCAAAAGUGCACCCUGAAAUGCACAGUCCAUCAUCAAGGGCCAUGUAUGGUGUGGAUGUCAUGCUUGAUACUUCUUUCCAGCCAAAGUUACUGGAGGUGACUUACUGUCCUGACUGUACAAGAGCAUGCAAAUAUGAUAUGGAGGCAAUAGUUGCCGGAGGGGAAGUAGUUAAAGCUCGGGACUUUUAUAACUAUGUCUUUGGUUGUCUCUUUCUGAAUGAAACCACUCAUGUUACUCCAUUGUAAUGGAGCUAUAGAGCAAUAGUACUACUGUAACAAUACAGGUGAUUUUAGGUCCUCAUCCAGCCAAAUCAUUGCCAAACUUGUACUAUGGAAAGUGAGACUUUAGAUAGGUAGUUUGUCUUGGUGCUUGUAACAGGCCGCAUUAUGUUUUCUGAGAAGGAUUGAAAUGUUCUGCAAGUGAGAGUAGCAUUGAUUAGAAGAAGAUCC